AAAAAAUUUUUAUCAAUUUUUUUUAAAACUUUCGAAUAAUGUCAUUCUUCUAUGGAGUUGAUGUUGACGAUGAACAACAAAGAAUAUUUGUUCUUGACAUAUGCACAGAAAUUUUAUCUUCUUCCACGGAUACCUAUAAUUGUUUUGACAUUUCUAAAUAUAAAGGUCUUUAUAUUGAUAAGCUGCUUAAAUUAGUAUUUCAAUCGAAUGAUGUUAACGCACAUCUUCUUCAUCAUUCACUUGUUCGUGUUGACUUUAAUGAAAAUACAUUAGCGAAUGUUUUAAAAAUUUGUAAAGUAUGGUUUCAACCUUAUGUUAGAAAUUUAAAGAGAACAGACAGAGAGAAAAGAAGAGAAUGGGAUCAGAAUAAAAAUAUUUAUCAUCCAGAAGAAAAAAUGAAGAAUUAUUUAAUUAAUAAUAUUGACAAAAUUUUCCCCGGUUUCAAUUAUCUUGUUGAUUUCGAAUGGUGUGUUAAUGAAGAUUAUCUUCAUUAUGGAAUCGGUGAUUUGAUUUUUGGAUCAGAUUAUGGUGUUUAUAUUGUUAUUGAAACUAAGUGGCUUAAUACUAAUACUGGAAAAACUGCCCAAGUAUCUAGAAAUAUCGCUAGAAAUAAAGUUAAAUACCAAUCUAUAACAUAUAAAAAAUAUGCGCAAGAAAAAUUUGCGCUAAAAGUAAUUGGAGCUUCAGUUACGAAUGAUGAAGAAAACGCUAUUCAGUUUGUAGAUAAUCAAGAUGAAAGAAUCGCCUCAAUUAUUAAAUAUUAUCAUUCUGAAUGGGGGACAUUUAAAACUAUUCUAUAUUAUGUCAUAAUUUUUCCAAUAAAAUUAGUCGUUACUGUAAUUGGUGUAAUAAUAUUUUCAGCAAUUAUUACUGUACUUAUAGGAUCAAUUAUGAAAAAUACCAUUAAAUAAUUUUUUGACGGAUUAAGAAAUAAUAUUUUAUUAUUUUAAAUUUAGGUUUUUAUUUUCUACGCACCCGCGUGAAUGCAGGGUGUGCUAUAUAUAUAAUGAAAUAAAUAAAU